GCGGCGCACCAUCAUGUUUGUAAUUCUCAAAGACCUGAAUGCGCUAUUUACGUAGAGUAUGUUCUGUGUUGAUUGUGGCAGCUUACGGAAUUUACGCAGCAGGAGAGUAUAUGCUGUGUGGUACAACCGUGGAGUCACAUCGAAGCAUACAGAAGAAAGUGCGGAAAUGGUGCACCUUGGAUCCAUUGCCCCAUGAGCCAUGUCCUAAACUUGAUUCAAAAUGGCCAAAGUCAAUAUAGCUCAGGACAUAAUCCACAGGCAAAUCAAGGAGAGAGGAGCACAGAGUUUCCAGAGACGUCACCAUGUGACUGAUCCCUUUAUCCGUCGUUUAGGACUGGAAGCGGAGCUACAGGGUCACACUGGCUGCGUUAAUUGCCUGGAAUGGAAUGAGAAAGGAAAUUUGCUGGCUUCUGGCUCUGACGACCAGCAUAUGAUGCUCUGGGAUCCAUUUCAUCACAAGAAGCUUCUGUCUAUGCAUACAGGACAUACAGCUAACAUCUUCUCUGUCAAGUUCCUUCCACACUCUGAUGACCGCAUCUUGAUAACUGGAGCAGCAGAUGCCAAGGUCCAUGUACAUGAUGUCAACUCUAGGGAGACCCUCCAUGUUUUCUCUGAACACACUAACCGUGUUAAACGCAUUGCCACUGCCCCCAUGUGGCCCAACACCUUCUGGAGUGCAGGGGAAGAUGGCCUCAUUCGGCAGUACGACCUACGGGAGAGCAGCACACACUCUGAGGUCCUGAUUGAUCUAACAGAGUACUGUGGCCAGCUUGUCGAGGCCAAGUGCGUAAGCGUGAGCCCUCAAGACAAUAAUUGUUUGGCAGUGGGUGCCAGUGGACCCUUUGUCAGACUUUAUGAUAUCCGCAUGAUCCACAGCCACAGAAAGAAUCUCCUGCAGACCCAGUCUGGGCUUCACACCUUCUGCUCACGACAAAAGCCUAUUCCUGAAGGAGCUGCACAGUACUAUGUGGCAGGUCACCUUCCCAUCAAGCUCCCGGAUUAUAACAACCGGCUACGUGUCCUCGUAGCCACAUAUGUAACCUUCAGCCCGGAUGGGACAGAGUUACUUGUGAAUAUGGGUGGGGAGCAGGUUUACCUGUUCGACCUGACAUUCAAGCAGAGGCCGUGUACUUUCCUGCUGCCCAAAUCCCACCACCAUACAUCAGGAGAAGUCCAGAAUGGGAAAACGUCCACCAAUGGAAUUCACCUGUACAGUAACGGUUUACGAGUGAAUGAGUCCAAGAACCUUGUGGGAUCAUUAUCUGAACUACCUCCGCACCUGGAGAAAGUAAAACAGAAAGCCAACGAUGCAUUUGCUCGACAACAGUGGAGUCGGGCAAUAGAGCUAUACAGCCAGGCUGUACAGAGAGCCCCACGUAGUGCCAUGCUAUACGGAAACCGUGCCGCCGCUUACAUGAAACGGAAGUGGGAUGGUGAUCAUUAUGAUGCUCUGCGUGACUGCCUGCAAGCCCUGGCUCUGAACCCAGCUCACCUGAAGGCCCACUUCCGAUUAGCUCGCUGUCUGUUUGAGCUUCGUUAUGUGUCGGAAGCACUGGAGUGUUUGGAGGAGUUCAAGAUCAAGUUCCCUGAGCAGGCACAGAGUAGUGCAUGUGAUGCUCUGGACAGAGACAUCAGGGUGGCCCUGUUCUCCAAGACUGACAACCAGGAAGAUAAAAAAGGAAACUCUGUUCGCUUGCGAUCUGCGGGAAGAAAGGAUUCCCUUUCAGAGGAUGAGCUACUGCUGAGAGAAAGAAGUUUAGAUUAUAAGCACAGAUAUUGUGGUCACUGUAACACCACUACUGAUAUAAAGGAAGCUAGUUUCCUGGGAAGCAAUGCCCAGUACAUUGUUAGUGGUUCGGAUGAUGGAUCGUUCUUCAUCUGGGAAAAAGACACUUGUGCUCUCAUCCGUGUCCUUCAGGGCGAUGAAUCUAUUGUUAACUGUCUACAGCCACAUCCCAGCUACUGCUUCCUGGCCACCAGCGGCAUUGAUCCUGUUGUCCGACUCUGGAGCCCACGGCCCGAGAGUGAGGGUCCAGACCGGCGUGUGGUGCAGGAUAUGGAGAGUGCAUGCCAAGCUAACCAGCGGAGGAUGAACGCAGACCCUUUGGAGGUGAUGCUUCUGAACAUGGGAUAUAGAAUCACUGGACUGAGUGGAAGCAAUCCAGGGACUGAUGAUGGGGGAUCAGACGAUGAGGAUACUGCAGAGGGACAAGUGCAGUGUCGGCCCAGCUAACAGUCCAGAAAGGAGGUGCACAGGCCUUGAACGAAUGCGCCAAAUAAGAAUAGAGUGGGGGAUUAUUACAAUGUGUGGAUGGCCAUUUUUGUUUUUCACACAGUAGUCUGUGUGUUCGGAGCCAUGUAUUUCCCAGCUCUACCUGCAAGCCUCUUCACUAGUAAGUGGGACAUUAAACCCAAUUGCAAAUCAAACUUCUUUAUCCCACCACCUGGCCACUCAUCCUCCAUAGACUCUUGAAUGAACUGCCAUGCAUUGCACAGAUAAAAUAAGAUCAAAGAGUUUGAGAGAAGAGAAGGGGGUCACUUGAAAACUAUAUGCUAAGUGGAUGGCAACACUUGGUAUUUUCUUAUUGCUUCUGGUUAAAGCUGCAGUGUGGUCCUCUGUAGUUGAAGGACUUGAGAGAAACAGUGUAACAAUAAAAGAAUAACUAUUCUAAAACGAAUAAUUUGUCAGGGCCAAUGGGUUUGAUUAACUAUAGGUUAUUUUGCUUUAAGGUCUACCCCUUUAUAGGAGAAGGUUUUCUGCAGCUAUGGUAUAUUUGGUGUGGCUCUCGGCUUUUAUGAAUGCAAGUGCGCAUUUGUAGACCUCACCAUCUAGUAAAGUGGAUUGUUGAUGUCAUUCCAAGUCUUGGGUGGCUAGCAGUGCGAGGAACUCUGCUGGAUCUAGCUAGAUGGUUCCAUUUGGAUAAGAUUGCGAAAUCAAUGACACUGAAGGCUGCUAUAAUUUGCUCAGGCCUUAUGACAAUUAUCUGAGGGGCGUUUGUUGGUGCCCUCUAUCCUGUUUGUAAGAAGAAAAAAAACUGUGUCUUAGAACUGCCGGUGGCUCUUCCUGGUUUGUAUUUGAUGUAUAUCUAUGAAUAAAAAAAAACACCUUUAUUUCUGAGCAGAA